UUGAUUUUUAGAUAUUUCAUUAUGAGUACUGUUCAGUUUACAUAUGAAGGGGAAGAAAAUCUGCCUGUGGUCACAUCUGCUUCGGUUACCAAUGGCACCGCAUCAGACCAGAUAGUAGAUUCGACGCAGAGCAGUGUGUUCUCACCUUUAGCGCCGCCGUUUGAGAGUCGUUUGAACAAUAUGCAGAACCCAAUGCAGUACUCCCAUCCUAACGCUACAGCUAACAGAGAUUUUGACCAGCCAAUGAUGAACAUUAGGACUAAUAAUUCUGACGUACAGUUUGACGACAUCGGUUCCAGUUCCCACAAUUAUACUUUGAAUGGCAACCCGAUGACCGCUGAUGCGACUUCUGCCACACAGAAGAAUGUUUGUGGCGACGUAACUGACGCACCUCCUGCGAGGAACGAAAAUUUCGUCGGUGCUUAUGACUUCUUGAUUAAAAGUAUGACGUCAGCCAACCUGUACGUGUCGAUGCUGAACCCGGAGCAGCUGGCGGUGCUGAGCUCGAUGCGGCCGAGUGUGCUCUACGACUUCCUGCAGGAGGUCGUCAAGGCGUACGGCAACAGGCGUGUCAAGCGACUGCCUAAUGAGUGUGCGUUCUGUAAGAACAACGGCGAGGAGGAGGAGUGCUAUAUGUCGCACUCUCUGAAGGAUUUUCGCGGGCGCGUGUUGUGCCCUGUGCUUCGCGCCUUCCGCUGCCCGCGCUGCGGCGCCACCGGCGACCGCGCACACACCAUUAAGUAUUGUCCGGAAAAUCCAGAAUCUGAGCGUUCUGGGGGAUUCUUAUAUCGGCGUCGUGUAUCAGGAUCCAGUUUCCUGGUGAACGAGGCGGCGCGCGCGGCGCCGGCGAUGUCCGCGGUGGCCGCCGCCGCGCCCGCCGCGCCUGCUGCCGCCAACAACCUGCGCUCCUCCAUAUGGUCCAGCUUCGCCAUCAACUGAUUGACAAAAAUCUAAAUAGACUAGUAACGUAAACUUAACAUUAUCCGUCGUUAGGUUUACUUUUUUUAACAAUAGAAGCUAAGGUUUAACUUUAUGGUCAAGCUUAAUUGUGAAUUGACUGAAUAAUAAUCCUGUAUUUUAAAGUGUUGAUACUGGAAAUAGUGUAGGUGUUUGUUGAUGUGUAAGAGUCCGGCGAGUUCGCCUUGCUAUGUGAGAUAGUGUGUGCGAGGCUCGGCGGGCGCUCGCGGGCGCACUCGGCCGCCGGUAUGCGGGACAUACCGCGACUGACAAUGUCGCACUGCGCCCAGCGCCCAGCACCCAGCGCCUACACUACACGUUACCUUUUUUACCUUUCAUUGCUUAUCUUUUUAUUUUUUUAAUUUUCACUGGGACCAAUAGGAACAUAUUUUAUAAUUUACUUUCCACUUGAAGUAUCUAAAAAAAGUUACUUCUCUAAACUUCCAAUUAAGCAGGAAUAAAUAUUGAGUAUUUAA